AUUUGUUGGACUCUUGAACCCGUGGAAGAGCAAGUCGGGAAAACUGCCAACAAAGUUAGUCUAAUUGAAAUUAGGAAUUGUUUAAUUAAUUAAAAUACUUUGGAAUAAUGGCGAGGGUUCUUGUCGGAGUCAAACGAGUCAUCGAUUAUGCUGUGAAGAUCCGCGUAAAGCCAGACAAAACCGGUGUCUUAACAGAAGGAGUCAAGCACUCUAUGAAUCCCUUCGACGAGAUUGCGAUCGAAGAAGCAGUGAGAAUGAAAGAGAAAAAAUUAGCUGAAGAGGUGAUCGCAGUGUCUUGCGGUCCUGCCCAGGCCCAGGAGAUCCUCAGGACCGCCCUGGCCAUGGGAGCGGACAAAGCGAUCCACGUGGAGGUCUCCGGGCCCGAGUACGAGACCCUCCAGCCCAUUCACGUCUCCAAAAUCCUGGCCAAACUUGCCCAGGAGGAGAAAGCCGAUCUUAUCCUCGUGGGGAAGCAAGCUAUCGACGACGACUGCAAUCAGACUGCCCAGAUGACUGCUGGGGUCCUUGAUUGGCCCUCCGGAACAUUCUGCAGCAAAAUUGAACAUGGAUCUGGUGAGCUAACCAUCACCAGGGAGAUCGACGGGGGUCUGGAGACCCUCAAGAUAAAAACCCCAGCGGUCCUGAGUGCUGAUUUACGUCUGAAUGAGCCUCGCUACGCCACAUUACCGAACAUAAUGAAAGCGAAGAAGAAACCGAUCAAGAAGAUAACUCCGAAGGAUCUGGGAGUCGACACUAGCCCCAGAGUGGAAAUUCUGUCAGUGGAGGAUCCUCCGGUGAGGGAAGCUGGCACUAUCCUCCCAGAUGUCGACUCCCUCGUGGCUAAACUCAAGGAGAAGGGCUUUGCUUGAAGGGAAAUAACUCUGGAAGAAUGAUCACUUCAUGUGACGUGUGCCAAAUCCCCUGCGUCACAUCGAACAACUAAAUUCAAUCAUGAGAAAUAAAACUUGAUAAUUGAUGAUUAAUCUGAUUGUAAAUAACAUUAUAUUUUUAUAAAACAUUUUUAUGUUUAAAUAAAAGUUCACAUUGGCGAAUGAGUAAAUUUA